UCGUAAAUUGACCUGCUUCCCCAUGACCUUCUCCUUCAACGACAUCCCGGACCUCACUGGCCAAGUCGCCAUUGUCACUGGCGCCAACUCGGGCAUCGGCCUCGUCACUGCACGCCAGCUCGCGCUCCACAACUGCCACGUCAUCCUCGCCUGCCGGUCCGCUGAGCGCGCAAGUCCCGUCGUCGACGCUUUGGCUGCCGAGAUCAGUGCGACCACUGGCAAGGUUGAGUUUAUGGCCCUCGACAUGAUGAGCCUGGCGUCCAUUCGCGCAUUUGUCGCUGCGUUCAUCGCCAAGCAGCUGCCUCUGCACAUUCUUGUCAACAACGCUGGCAUCAUGGCUGUGCCCUUCCGUCUCUCGGUCGACGGCAUCGAAUCGCAGUUUGCGACCAACCACGUGGGCGUGAUGGCGCUCACGCUCGGCUUGCUUCCACUCCUCGAAGCCGCGCCGGUCGCCAAGAUUGUUUGCGUGAGCUCAGCGGCCCACCAAAUGGCGCCAAAGAUGGGCAUCAACUUUGACCAUAUCAACGACGAAGUCGCGUACAACAAGCACACGGCGUACGGUCAAUCCAAGCUAGCGACGAUCCUCUUUGCGCGGGAGCUACACAAGCGGCUGCGGGCGCGGGGCGUCAACCACGUCUACGUUAACGCGCUGCACCCGGGCAUCGUACAAACCGAGCUCUUCCGCGAGUAUUCCUGGAUCGUGCAAAAAAUCAUUUGGUGCUUUCAGCGCACGGCCGACGACGGAGCCAAAACUCAAAUCUACUGCGCGACGAGCCCCGAGAUUGAGAAGAAGAACCUCUCGGCCAAGUACUUUACGCCGAUCGCGAAACUCAACGAAACGACCGCGCUCGGCCAAAAUAUGGAGCUUGCCGCCAAGCUCUGGACCUUUACGGAGGAGCUCAUUGCAUCCAAGACACCAUCUACGUAGACGGGGUACCACGUCGACUCUGUGUACGCCGUGUGAAAACAAUAAUGAUGCACGAAUGAUGUCCAAUGCGAUAUAGUAAUAAUCAGAAGACACUAUCGUUAAUCCGUC